AUUUUUGAGCGCGCGGGACAUCCUUUGCGACGCGGUCACGCUGCAAACGCAUCGCUAACGAUCCGUGCGCACGCUGCGCAUCGCUUGUUGCACGAAUGGCGGCCUCCGGCGAGACAUUGCCCGCGGCGCCCUCGGACAGCCUCAUGCGGCUAGGGUCGGUGCGCGACGUCGUGCUCGCGCGCGUACCGAUCGAGGCUCACCGCGCGCUCGCCCAGACCUGCAAGGCACUGCGGCGCCUCGUCUAUAGCGACGACUUUGCGAAGCUACGGAAGACGCUGGGCUUCGAGGAAUACGGGCUCCUGCUGCUGGCGGGGCGCAUUUACGAAGAUGGCGGGGCAAUGGUGGAGCGGGGGAAGCAAUUCGUGUGUCUAACGCACAACCUGGAGUCGCUCGGGUUCGCAGCUCAGACCGAUUGCCCCUUGGAUCUUGAUGAGUUCACGACAGCGCUCUCGACGGAAGGACGACUCUUCGUUUGUGGCGAUGCAAACCACGAUAGAAAGCUGCUCAUUUACGACACGCGGAAGCAUGAAUGGGUCCGAGACCCGCGUUACCCGGCGAGCAUACCUGUAGUUAUGUACGGUCAGUGCACUGCUUUCCUCGACAACACGCUCGUCGUGGUUGCGGGUGGGACUAACGCGGUUGGCAGACCUUGGGGAUUCUCGUGGGAUGAGCAGUUGAGGAUGUGGCAGUCAUUACCCCCGGUGCCCACUGUCGUCGCGCAUGCUAGUUAUGGCGUCAUUGGAUCCUGUCUCUUCGUUGUGGGUGGCUAUUCAAGAGGCGGAGCUCAUGCGGAGCAAUAUGGUGGGGUUAUGGUCCCGGGUGCGACCAUGGGCCGGAUGUCCAGUUAUACAGCACGCCUCCAGAUCUUCGACAUGACAACGAGAACUUGGUCUCUAGGGCCGCCUCUGGAUGCGCUCAAGGAUAGAAUGGAGGAACCAACAACCGCGGCAGUUUUCCACAGGCGCUUGUACGUCUUUUGUCAGCGUGCCAUGGAUUCAUGCCCUGACGCUGAACUUUGCGCCCAACCUUACCAUGUGUACUGCUUUGACCCUAACUCAAAUUCGUGGUCGGAACUGCCCGCUCUGCCCGUAGGUUCGCACAGCGAGUUGGCAGCGUGCGUCCACGACGGCCGCCUCGUUGUUGCGGGCACUGUGAACUACGACCCAGAGCCUUUCCAUGAAAUAAAUCCGCCCGCGACGUACCAUUAUGAAUGGGACGACGGUGCGGAAAUGUGGAAGGAACGGCCCCUGCUGAUCGACGACGGAGCGUGGCCCCGAGGAAAGCUGGGAUCCCUCGUCUCCGUCCCCCUGCGGAUCCGGUAGAGUAAGUUUCCUUGUUGAUGUGCA